GCGUCCUAGCAGUCCGAUGGAGCGGCACGUCGCUGAUGUCUGUGCGUGUCUGGAGGGGAGCGUCUAUCUCGUACCGAGCCAAGCUCCAAGCUCCGAACCAAGCGAUGGUCUCUCGCUGCCUGUUCCAUGGAUAGCAAUCACCUUUCGAACUGAGACCACCGGGAGUGCCACCCGUAAUGCUAGCCCAAACCAAAGUAGUGGCAGUGCUCAACGCGCCAGCACUGUCGUCCCUACCAGUACCAAGAACAACAGUCGACGUGCAGUCCAGGAAACUUGUAUGAGUGGAGUUAGUGGUGUUCCCCUUGGCCCCAAGCUUUCGACAAGUUAGUGGCCAUUCGCUUUCUAAGCCUUGUGGCGUGCUACCCAGAGUAUUCGUGGCGUGGAAAGCCACGCUUCUGGUGGCAUUUGCUGAACAAUAUCUGUGGUUCGCCUCGCUGCGACGAGUUUUUCUCGCUGCCUCGUGAACCACGGUUCGGUCGUCACCAGGAGGUACCAAACUGUGCGCCAGCUAGAAGGGCAACUGAAGUACGCGUGAUGCCGAAGUUUCAGCUGGUGUUUCCAAAGGUCAAAGUGGAUAAUGCACUCCUGAAACUCAUUGCUGAAGCUUUUUCACCACACUGCAACGAGCCAUUUCGUCAUAUGGACCAACGCGCGCAAGAGCUGCUAGCU